AUUCCUUUGCAGGUGGCCGCUGUCCUGGAUGACAGCUAUCCGGCGCCGAAACAUCGAUAGACACUCAGACGAAAGAGCCAUGGCGGCCACGGGUGGAGGGAAAAUCAGAAGCAGGAGAUAUCAUAUCGCUUCUAAACCUUACGCCAAGAGCAAACAGCAGUCAGGCCUCAUCAGUCGAGUGACAGACACAGUGAAGAGCAUCGUUCCUUCCUGGCUGCAGAAAUACUUCAAGAAUGGAGAUGCUCCUACAGGAGAGACAGGACAAGGGACAGAGCAGAACUGCCAACCACCCCCAACUCCUCCUCCUAACGGCAAUGAAGAGGCACCUCGUCCCAUUGAUGGACUUGAUUCCCCAGAGCCAAGCACCAGUAAUACAGAACCCUCAACCAGCCGAGCAUCCCUGAACUUUCAGGACUAUGUGCUUUCUCGGCCUCCUCUGAGUCGUGCUCACCUCCACUUUACCCCACUGGAUGCUUCCUCCCCAACAAUGGGAGCCUCCAGCAGCCUUUUCUCUCAACCCUCCACCUCCACAGCCCCUGGCCCCUUUUCGACAGGCUUUUCUUUGGUCAAAGAAAUCAAGGACAACCUCUCGCAACACGAAGAUGAUAAUAUCUCCACCACGAGUGGGUUCUCCUCCCGUGCAUCUGACAAGGAUGUCCCAACUUCCAAAACUGCAUCACUUCCUCAGCUUUGGUCCCCAGAGAUGGAUCGAACAAACUCUGGACCUCAGCAGUCUCAGUCUAGUGUCAAAAAGCCAUCUUUCAACCUUUCUGUCUUUGGAAACUCAUCCAAUUCAACAUUAAACAGCACACUGCUGAACUCCAGCCAGCUUGGAGAUUCACCUUUCUACCCUGGGAAAACCACGUAUGGCGGAGCAGCUGCAGUCAGGAGCUGCCGCAGUCGUCCUGGUACACCAUAUCAGGCCCCAGUGAGAAGACUGAUCAAGGCCAAGCCUGCCGGAGCUCAGCCCUGCGGGGUGACCAGUGCCACCGCCAGACGGAUCCUGCAGUCCUUGGAGCGCAUGUCGAGCCCGCUGGCUGAUGCAAAGAGAAUCCCUGCAGCAGCAGCAGGCUGGUCCAGUCGAUCCCCAUCAGUGGAUGUCAUGAAUCAAGAUGUUUCCCGUCACCAGUCGAAGAAGAAACGAAUGGACUCAAACCUUCCUCCGGUGCAGAAACUGGUGGUUCCAGCUGCAGCCUCUGUUUCAGAACAUCGAUCCGUGUCUUUCAGGCCGACUUUGACACCCGGAGGACUCAUCCGAACCCUGGACAGGACACCAAGAGAGAAGACUCCAACAAGACAAUCACCACAACUACCUGAGGCAACCCCGGGUCCAUCUCAAAGCACAAGACGUUUCAGUGACCCAGCCUACCCUCUGUCCAGCACCCCUGCAACCAGCAGCCUGAGCUCUGGAGGGGGGAAAAUCAGGAGAGAAAGGACCACUGCACGACCUUCCUCCAAACACCCUGAAGAAGAUGAGGUGGCCGAGGUACCGGUCCUUCCGAGCAUUUCACUCCCUAUCAACAAAUCAUCUUUGCCUACAUUCAGUUUCUCUCCAUCUCUGCCACCCUCCACCACCUCUGUUAGCUCCAACCCCAGCUUCACAUCUCCUCCUAAGGAGAGGGUUGCAAAUAAGGAUCCACCAAAGGUCUCCUCAACAUCACCCUGCACACCUUUUACAUUUUCCUCUCCUAUUGUCAAGGCGACUGCUGCCAGCCCUCCUUCUUAUUCCCCAUCUGUUGGUUUCACAUUCAGUGCACCUGUAGCAAAGUUGGCACCCUCCAUGUCAAACGGAAAGCUCACGGCACCCACAGCAACAGCAGUAAAGGCCAUUGCAAGCAAGAGCACAGAGGAGUUUGAAGGACCUUUCAAACCAGCCAAGAGCCUGAAGCAAGGCAGCGUGCUGGAUCUUCUUAAAUCACCUGGUUUUGCUUCUCCUCUCGUUCAAAAUUCCCCUGGCACCAACACCCCUUCCCAACAGACAUCUACUCAACCCACUACCAGUCCUUCAGCUGGCACAAGCUCCUCCUCUUCGCUUCCUUCGUCGACAGGGUUUGGCGGUUUGUUCAGUGCCUCAGCGGGCUGGAGCUGUGAAGUGUGCUUGGUUCAGAACAAGCAAUCAGAAAUCAAGUGUGUUUGCUGUCAGGCCCCAAAGCCGAACCCCUCACCAAAAUCAGCGGAGAGCAAAAAAUCUCCUGCCAACGCAGCAGGGCUAGGGAGCAGCAGCACAAGCACCGCCUCCACCGCUCUCACAACAACAGGAUUCAGCCCAAUCUUUUCCAAACCUGCAGGAACGUGGGAUUGUGAUACGUGUCUGGUCUCGAAUAAACCUGACGCAGUGAAGUGCGUGGCGUGUGAAACGGCCAAACCCGGGACAGGACUCAAACCAUCGCUCACUUUUUCCCCCGUCUUCUCAGCUGCUAAGACUGCAUCUACACCAUCAGACCCAGUUUUCACAGGAAUCAGUGGGUUUGGAGAUAAGUUCAAAAAACCAGAGGGCGCGUGGGAAUGCGAGACAUGUUUAAUACAAAACAAGGCAGAGGACACCAAGUGUGUGGCCUGCAUGGCUGCUAAACCAGGAACUUCAGCGGCCGUCUCUUCAGCAGCCAGCAGUGCCCCAGUAUUUGGUCUGUUGGACAAGUUCAAGCAACCAGAAGGAGCAUGGGAAUGUGACGUCUGUCUGGUCCAAAAUAAGGCUGCUGAUGUUAAAUGUGUUGCUUGUCAGUCCACCAAACCAGGAGCUAAAGUGGAACCCAAAGCCUUUGGGUCUUUUGGCUCCUCAGCUGCAGGCGCCUCUGGAACCUCCACAUUUGGCUCUUCUACCUCUACUGCUGGGGGUUUUAAGUUCGGCACAUCAGACAGCACAGCUGGAUCUGGAAGUUUCAAGUUUGGAACUUCAGAGCCGUCUUCUUCAUCAUCAUCUGGUGGAUUCAAAUUUGGAGCCUCGUUUGGAAGCGCCUCCUCAGAGUCCUCUAAAGACACUAGUGCCGCAUCGGGGUUUAAAUUUGGUGGUUCCUCUGAGGGCUUUAAAUUCGGGGGUGCAUCCAACGAUGACAAGAAGUCCGAGCUGCCUGCCACGGGUGCUGGAUUCAAGUUUGGAGGGAGCAGCGAAGUAGCUUUUGGAAGUGGAUCAUCUAGCACAGAAAGUAACUCUUCUGCUAAAGGUGGCUUCACCUUUGGACUGCCUAAACCUGCAGAAAAAACCCCAGAAACCAACACGUCUUCAUCCUCUGUUACCUUAACUCCUCUUUCUUCUUCACAAGAAAAUGGUAACAAAGCAGUAUCAUCAAAUGACACCACAUCUACUAACACCAACCCAACCACCACAGUUACCUCUAAGGGGUCUGUGUUUGGGAGACUGGGCGAGCCAGGCUUGGCAUCCAGCACACCACAGGUGAGCUCUACGUUUGGAUCUUUGCAGGCAGGUAAGGAGCCAGCAGCUCAAGCAUUUGCCUUUGAAAAGCCGGAGGAGAAGAGGGAGGCAGAUCCCUCCCCGGCUCCACUGACCUUUGUCUUUGGGGCUACAAAAAAGGAACCAGAUCCCGCUCCUGCAUCCUCGGGAGGCUUUUCCUUCAGCAAGCCGAGAGCUCCAACAGAACAGCCUCCACCUGCUUUCACAUUUGGCAAACCAGCAGAAAAAAGUGAAACAUCGACUUCAGAAACCUCAAAGCCGACCUUCAGCUUUGGACAAAGUGCUGCAGAUUCCACUACAACUCCAAAACCAGCCUUUUCUUUUAUGGCUAAUAAUCCACCCAACGCUACCACCUCAUCAUCCGCCACCCCAACUCCCACUUUGUUUGGCGUCAGCAGCAGUGGCUCUACGCCAGCUUCAACUUCUUCUGCAGCUCCCAACACGUUUAUGUUCGGUCAGCCUUCUUCGACCACUGGUGACGCUCCUCCUGCUAAGACCUUCGUCUUUGGACAGAAUCAGGACAGCCAGUCCACGGCUCCAUCAAGUGCUCCCCUGAACCCGGCUCCAGCACCAGCCCAACCCUUUAUCUUUGGUGCGCCUACCAAUGCUGCUCCUGCCCCUACUCCUGCUGCUCCCUCUUUUAACUUUGGAGCUGCAGCAGCAGCGCCCUCUGCUGCCUCCUCAUCAGCUCCAUCUGCAGCCCCUUCGCCGUUUGUGUUUAGUUCAGCCCCCUCAGGUGGUUUUGGAGCCAACCAGACCUCUUCUUUUGGAUCAACUUUUGGAUCACCUUUCACAGCCACACCUGCCCAAACCUCAGCCCCAGCCUUUGGAGCCAAACCCAAUGCUGCCCCCGUCUUUGGACAGCAGAACAACUCCACACCUGUAUUUGGUUCAGGUACCAAUUCCGCACCAAGUGGGGGCUUUCAGUUUGGAGGCGCCAGUGCAUUUGGAGCCACAAAUAACUCCUCAGGCGUGUUUACGUUUGGAGCUGGAUCCGGAGCUUCUCCCGCCCCCGCUGCCAAUCCCUCCAUUGCACCCCAGUCGGGAGCAGCUGGUGGAGGAUUCAACUUUACACAACCUGCAACAUUUAACAUAGGGUCAGCCAAGUCCUUCGCUGCCUCCCCGGCUGGACAGUCACCAAUCGCUGGGCGCAAGAUCAAGACUGCAGUGCGCCGCCGAAAGUAGCCCUUUACAACCUUUUCAAGACUGUAGACUUGACUGAGACAGGACAGUGUCCCCAAUGAAGACGUCAAAAAGUCCUCGGGACCUCUCAACUGGACAAAGGCUGAUGUUGCUUGGCAUGUGGAGCUCGGAAGCUGGGAAAGCUUGGAGCUUGUGGGCGUUUCAGGCGGUCGCUCGGCUGGCUGCCGAAAGGUUUUCAAAGCUAAACGAGAGUUAAUAAGAGUGAGCAGGUUGUCCAGAUUUCACACAGUAAAAACCUGUUGACUGAACUGUUACCCUGACUUAGACUGCAAUCAAAGCAAAGACCCCACGUUUAGAAUUAAAAACCUGCAGGAUCAUAAAAUCUAUAUUUUACACAUCGGCAAAUGUCUGCUAGAACCUAGGCAUGACUUUUUGUAAUAAAACUACA